GUCUGUAGCCGGAGGGAGACAGCAAACAGCAAGAGUCUGACUAACUUUCAAACAUUGCAGCUGCUUACCAAUCUUUCGGGGAUCUUCAACUCUCUGGUAAUUUGUGGAAUACUUUUCACGGAGGUCUGGACUAACUAAAGUCGUUUUCCUGCUGAAGAAAAUGGCACUCAGACAAGACUCAGAUAAAGAACCACGAAUUGAGCUCUUCAUUAAGGCCGGUCAUGAUGGAGAGAAUGUGGGGAACUGUCCGUUCUGUCAGAGACUCUUCAUGGUUCUUUGGCUGAAAGGAGUCAAGUUCACAGUAACCACUGUUGACAUGAGGAAGAAGCCAGAUGAGCUAAAAGACUUAGCUCCAGGUACCAACCCUCCUUUCCUCCUGUACAAUGGCACACUGAAGACGGACUUCAUUAAGAUCGAAGAGUUCCUGGAGACCACCCUCGCCCCUCCCCGCUAUCCUCAUCUCAGCUCCCGCUACAAAGAGUCUUUUGAUGUUGGUGCUGACAUUUUUGCUAAGUUCUCAGCGUUCAUCAAGAACAGCCCAAACAAUGCUUUCCACGAAAAAGCCUUAUUGAGGGAGUUUAAGCGCCUGGAUGACUAUCUGAACACUCCGCUUCAGGAUGAGCUAGAUCGAAACGUCAGCGUAUCCAAAAGAAAGUUCCUUGAUGGCAACCGUUUGACACUGUCAGACUGCAACUUGUUACCAAAGCUGCACGUCAUCAAGGUUGCUGCCAAAAAGUACUGUAAUUUUGAGAUUCCUGCUCAGUUCACUGGAGUGUGGCGUUACCUGCAGAAUGCACAUGAGAGAGAAGAGUUCAGCCAGACCUGUCCAGCUGACAUUGAAAUUGAGAAAGCCUAUCUGAGUGUGGCCAAGAGAAACUGAACUUCAGAUUAGUGAAGCAAUAUUGUGAUAAAAUGUUUAAUAGUGUAAAUACAAGUUCUUAAGUUUACCCAUCUACAUAUUUGUAGUUCACAGGUUCAUCUAUUCAUCUAGUUCAUCUAUUACAGUGAAGCCAAAAAACAAAAAAAAACAAAAAAAAAAACACACCACACACAGUUUGCUAAUGUACUUUCAUUGUGCCUGUGAGCUCAAAGCCCAUUAGAUACACUAGAAUACUUCUGAGUGACUGCUACUGUCAAAGAGGCUUUAUUCCGGUAGUUUUAGAGGUUAUAGAAUCCUUUGCAAAACAGUCAACAGAGAUGUGCUUUUAACUGCAUAUGUAAUUUUUUUGUGCAUAUUUGUGUAUAUAUUCAUUAGGGCAUACUCAGUUAUAUGUAAUGUAUAGCUAAAAAGGCUAUGUGUUUUUAAUCAUCUGUAAAAAUGAGCUGAAAACACUGUAGAGAUAAAAGUUUAGUCAAAUCACGCGCAGAACUGGAGUCUGUGAGUCAUGCGGCGGUAAUGGUUGUUUUGUAUUAAGGGUUAUUGUGAUGGAUGUAUGAGUCACCAUUGAGACACCAUUGUUAGACGUUGGGAUUGUUUGAGAAAGAGAUUAAACUGCUUUCUUUCAGAUUUUACUUAAAAAUAAAAUUAAUAUCAUACACAUCACAUGUUUGUCUUUCCAGAGCUUUGAUGAAAGAUGGGUUUAAAAACAUAAAUCUUACAACUCAUCUGUUUCACCCAGACUAUAUUUUUAUUUUACACUUGCAGUUCUAGGUCAGUUUUCAUUCAUGAUAAAAAAUACAUUCAUAUUCCUGUUUAAUUACUAUAUAUAAAACAAUAUUCACAAUGUCAAACAGCAGCUGGGUGGACUUUAUGGGGGAAAACAAAAGCAUACAUUUUAGAUGUUUGUACAUCAGGUGUGUUAGGCUGGUCCUCUGUCCAUCUCAGCAGAUUCAUGCCUAGUUUGUAACACAAUAUUUCCAAAAACAGGCUAUAAACGGAAGGACAAAAAAUGGAUUUAGUAAUGCAAUAUAAGAAGAAUAAAAAGCCAUUGUGUUGUCUUUGACAUUUUUUUUUUAAAUCUGCAUUACAUAAUUGUAUGUACUUGUCUACAAUUAAAAUAUUCAUUAAAACAUUGA